GCGCGGCGGCGCCCGAGCGGGUGGCUCUACUUAAGCGGCGCGCGGGCCGCGACCCGCCACUCGCCUGGAGCACCGGGGCUCUCGUGGGCGCACAGCUGCGCGCUCGCACAGCGCGGCUCUUGCUGGCUGCGGCCGCCUGAGUGCAGGGCUCCCGGGAUAAAAGCGGCUGCUGCUCCCGAUCGCGACCCCGCUCCCUGUCACUGGUCCAUCCUGGCCACUUCUUUGGCCAUGGCUCUGGCGGACAGCACCCGAGGAUUACCCAACGGGGGUGGAGGCGGGGGUGGCAGCGGCUCGUCGUCCUCCUCGGCAGAGCCGACGCUCUUCCCGGACAUUGUGGAGCUGAACGUGGGGGGCCAGGUGUAUGUGACCCGGCGCUGCACCGUGGUCUCGGUCCCCGACUCGCUCCUCUGGCGUAUGUUCACGCAGCAGCAGCCGCAGGAGCUGGCCCGGGACAGCAAAGGCCGCUUCUUUCUGGAUCGGGACGGCUUCCUCUUCCGCUACAUCCUGGAUUACCUGCGGGACUUGCAGCUCGUGCUGCCCGACUACUUCCCCGAGCGCAGCCGGCUGCAGCGCGAGGCCGAGUACUUCGAGCUGCCGGAGCUCGUGCGUCGCCUCGGGGCGCCCCAGCAGCCGGGUCCCGGGCCACCGCCACCGCACUCUCGCCGCGGGGUUCUCAAGGAUGGCUCGCUGGGCGACGAGCUGCAGCCGCUGGGCUACUCGGAGACCGAGCCGCACGAGGGCGCCUCGGCCGGGGCUCCGUCGCCCACGCUGGAGCUGGCUAGCCGCAGCCCGUCCGGGGGCGCGGCGGGCCCCCUGCUCACGCCGUCCCAGUCUUUGGACGGCAGCCGGCGCUCCGGCUACAUCACCAUCGGUUACCGCGGCUCCUACACCAUCGGGCGCGACGCCCAGGCGGACGCCAAGUUCCGGCGGGUAGCGCGCAUCACGGUGUGCGGCAAGACGUCGCUGGCCAAGGAGGUGUUUGGGGACACCCUGAAUGAAAGCCGGGACCCGGACCGGCCUCCGGAGCGCUACACCUCGCGCUAUUACCUCAAGUUCAACUUUCUAGAGCAGGCCUUCGAUAAGCUGUCCGAGGCGGGCUUCCACAUGGUGGCGUGCAGCUCCACUGGCACCUGCGCCUUUGCUAGCAGCACCGACCAGAGCGAGGACAAGAUCUGGACCAGCUACACCGAGUAUGUCUUCUGCAGGGAGUGAGCUCCCCAGACCCCUUGCCACUCCUGCGCCCGCUCCCUUCCUCCACAGGGGACCACAGGGUUACAUAUGCCCUAGCCCCCUUCCCCUCAUUUCUUUCCCACCCCCGCCCCGAGUAGCUCACCCAGACCGGUCAACUCCCCGCUUGAGAAUCUGCAGUCACAAAUCCUCUGGCCUUCUUCGUCUUCUUUGGACCCCGCUGACCAAGAGUGCUCCAUUUACCUAUGAGUCCUCUACUCCUGGCCUCCAACCACCCUUCCCCCAGAUUGUAUUUGAGUCGAGAUCUAGUGGGGGGCGAUGCGGGCGCAAAGUCACCAAGUACCUGGAAAGGACUGAAUUGUUCAGAACUGGAUUGGACAGUGUCCAGCGUACAGUGCGGAAGAGGCUUUGAAAUCUCGAAUCCUUUGACUCGAUAGAGGUUUCAGAGCUCAGAACUGAGAGCGCUGUGUAGAGAUAGUGUUCAAAAGGUUAUUACAGACUUGAUCCUCAUUAGGAAGAUAAAGUUUUAGAUGAUUGAGUGGAAGACUGUACUAGAAUUAAGACCCCAUGGAGGCAGUUCAGAGAUUGUAAAUAAAGUAAUUUUUUUUUUUAAAGUUACAGGUAGAAAGAAGUAAAUCCUAGUGCUGUUAACUGGAGAGGAUCCUAUUUCCCCCCAACAAUAGUUCUCCUGUGGCUUAAAAUUGUAGAAAGCGAUCUUCCUGCCUGCGGAGGCGCCCUUUCUCGUCAGCUGUUUGCUGGAGCUUUAAGUUUUAUUGGUUAAGGCUGCACUUGUUGGCAAGGAGCAGGGAGCAGGAGGCAAGGCUGCCCAGGCCCCCAGCGCUGCAGGAAGUCACCUGGCAGUAUUAGCACAGAGCCCUUAGGUCUAGGACUAGUGGGAGGGUUGGGAGAGGGAGGAUGGA